GAGAGAAAGAGAUAUUUAAGUAUUUGAAUGUAAGAGAGAGAUUCAUACAUAAACAUAACAAUAUAACCACAUAAACACAACACAUACAUGCAUACAUUACAUACCAUAGAUUUUGUUUUUGUGUAUUAUCAUUGUUUUUGACAUAACUCCCCCAAUUCCAAAAUCUGGCUGGAAACUCCUUUUUCUUUAUCACCAAAUCAAAAUUUCACCAACCAACUCACCGCCACCGCCACAACACACACAAAAAAAAAACAUUUCCCCUUUAUUUCCCGUUUUACCCUUCCCCUUCUUCUCCUAUUUACCUUCCUUACCCUUCUUCUUCUUCUCAAUCUAUCAUCUAUGGCUGUUUCGCUUCUUCUUCUCUCCAUAACCGUUUUCUCUAUUCUUCAAUCCGCUUCCUCAUGCAUCCCCGAACCUCCUUCCUUUCUCUUUAAUCUUCAAUCUCAAUGUCCAAUCUUCGUCCAAUCCAAUCCACCUCUUCAGGUGGAUGGAAAUUUCAUAGAAGAACUUCUAUCUGGCAGAAAGAAGACCGAGUCUGUCUCUAUACUCUUCUAUGCUUCCUGGUGCCCAUUUUCACGUAGGAUGCUUCCUAAAUUUGAAACUCUUAGUUCCAUGUUUCCUCAAAUAGAGCAUUUGGUUAUUGAGCAAUCAUCAGCUUUGCCAAGCAGCUUAUAUUCAAAAUAUGGAAUCAAUAGCUUGCCUUCAAUAUUAUUGGUGAACCAGACCUCAAGGUUGAGAUAUCGUGGUCCAAAUGAUUUUCUCUCUCUAUUGGAAUUUUACGAAAGAAACACAAGAUUUGAAGCAAGCAGUAAUGUUGCUAUCGCUCAACCAAGCAGCAUGACGAGUGAUGAGGACUCUAGCCUGAAGUCAUUGAUGGGUCUGCCGCUUAAAGAAACAUUAAAAAGGGAACCGUGCUUAGUGUUCUCUGUGAUGUUUAUCUGUUUGAGGAUACUUCUUUUCGUAUUUCCCAAGAUCAUAUUGCGUCUCCGAGCAUUCUGGGUUUCCUGUAUUCCUCAUCUGAACAUGCAAAUAUUCGGCGAGACAAGCCAAGCGAUGGGACGUGUGCUUCAAGUGAUUGAUGUGAGGAGGAUUUGGACUAAGCUAGGACUUUGCAAGACGAGGAUUUUUCACGAGAGGGCAAGGAGUGCGCGGGUUUGGGCUUCGUCUUUGGCUUCUGUUUCUCUGGGCGAGUCAUCGUCGGCUAGAUGAAAUCAUUCCAAGGUUUGAACUAACAACCUUACAAUGUCGUUGUGAGGGUAGUUAUGAGUUUGUUUUUAUCAGAUAAUAUCCUCAUGCUGCAGGUGAAGCUUGACAGCAUAUAGUCUCUCUCUCUCUCUCUCUCUCUCUCUCUCUCUCUCUCUCUCUCUCUCUCUCUCUCUCUCCUGCUUAAUUUACUGGUAGAGCUUAUAGCAAAAUGUUGAUUUGUGUUUGAGUUGGGUUUUGGGAGGAAGGAACAGACUUGUAAAUUUGAGAACUGUUUUCCUUUUUUUUGUGUAAAUUAGUUGUUUCUGAAUGGAGUUAUUUAUACACAUGUUGUAAUAU